AUGGAGAUCCUCGAACGCCGCUCCAAAAUCCCUAACCCUAACAAAACCCCCUCGGGGACCCGAACUCGCACCCAAUCCCACACCCAAACGCCAGGCUUCUCUGCUACUCCCUUUGGAUCCGAGGCUACCCCCUCGAUCCCCGUAAAAGAUCCUCAAUUUCCUCAGGAUUCUGAAGGAUCUGAUGGUGUCGAUGUUAAUUUAACCCUAGAUGAGUUCUUUAGGAGGUACACGAGCGAGGACAAUGAGAGCUUCAAUAAGAUUUUGGAGAAGGUUAAUCGGAAGAAGAAGGAGAAGUACUCUCAUCUUCUCGAAGGGGAGAGGGAGCAAACCCUAACCCUAGAGGAUGAGAAGAAGGACAGGAUCACUGAUGGUUAUGGAACUUCUGGACAGCCUCUGAGUAGGCUGGACAGUUGGAAGUACACGGCAAAGAAUCUGUUGAUGUAUAACCCGGUGGACCGUGGUGAAGUUCCAUUGACCGAGGAGGAGAGAGCUGAGAGAUCGAAGGCAUUGACAAAGGAAAUCAGCAGGUUGAAUACCCGGUUUCAUGGGAAAUUGGCAGAAGACUCGAAGCCCGCGAAGGAGGAGGAAGGGGUCGCUAUUCUUUACAAUCCAGUGCCAGGUACGACCCCAGCUGGGGCUGCGUGGCCUUUUGCCGAUAGAGAAGCUGAGAAGUUGAGGAAAUACGAUUUGGAGGAUUUGAGGAAGACCCCAAAUCAGUUCUUUGCAGAAUCAAGCAAGAAGGCUGAGAAUGGGUAUAGUUUUGUUAAGACACCGUCCCCUGCUCCGGGUGUUGAUGAAUCACCUUUUAUGACUUGGGGAGAGAUCGAAGGAACACCCUUGAGGUUGGAUUUGGAUGAGAGUGAUGUUGGUGUUGGUGGGAGCAGUGAAGGUCCACACUUCAGGAUUCCUUUGCCUCCUUCGAGGGAUGUGAAGGCUCAUUCUUUGUCUAGGGAGGCUGCAAGAAAGUUGAGGGAGAGGUCUAAGAUGUUUCAGAAACCGCCAUUGCCUUCUCCGGCUAGAGGUGGGAGUGCUAGCCCCAGUGCUAGAACGCUUUCUCCGGCUGCUCAGAAGUUUGUGAGGAAUGCAAUUGCAAAGUCUUCAAGGUCAGUGGAUGAGUCUCUUCGUGCUAGUUAUCGUGGGUCUAGCCCGGUUGUGGGAACACCGAAGGAGAAGAUGUCGAGGUUUUCUAGAGAAGGGAGCUUUGGGUCGAGGUCGCCUUCUGCAAGGCAGGGAUCUGCUGGCCCAUGGUGAUGUAUUAUUGUUUUGUUUUCUAUACUGUUUUUACUUAAGUUCAUUUGUGCGAUAAAGCACUGAAUUAUUAUAUCUAUCAGUAUAUGUAAUAUAUUUUGGAAAUGGAAGGUCUUUUGCUGAUA